UGUUGACCUCAUUAAUGAUGAUCCGUGAUAACAGGUCCAAGCUGGCGAUUUUACCAACUUUUACUUGUUUGUGAAGUCUGGCGUAUAAGAAACUGUUACUAUGCUGUAACCGAGUCAUACUUAAUCAUAAAUGCACUUGGACUUUUCUCUAAGUCGAACAGAGCAAUUUUUUAAACACAUAGGCUGAGAGUUUUACAGUAUAAAUUACAUUUUUGAGGUUAAAGUUCAAAUCUAUGUAGUCCACGACUUUUGGUUUAGGAUAAUUUGCUUCCGGUUCAUUUCAAAUCGAAAGGAAAGAGUUAAAAUCAUGGCUUCUCAACCUUACUCUGUUUUGAGGUCACUGGCGAAAGAACUAAGAUUAAUUUACAAAACGAAAAAUCUCAGUGAAGUUCCAAUCUAUGUGUAUCUGCAAGAUCAGUUUCACUACUUUCGCACAACAGGAGAGAAAAUAUGCAGAGAGAAGCAUGAAGUUGAACACCUCGCACAGACAUAUCUUUGUUAUUUGAACAGCCUCAGAAAACAGGAGGAACUGGCUGUUCAGUACAGAGGGAGGGGUGAAAGAAGUGUAGAGAGCAGCGCUAAUAUUGUUGGCCUCAAGCUGCCAAAGUUGUACUCAGAGGAUGCGUCUCAGAAGCCCCCAGAAAACUAAAGAAAUGUAAUUUUAUAAUUGUACAAACUGAAUACUAUUAUAUGUGUAAAUAGAUUUUUAAAAUGAUUUAAAGCAAAAAAAUAAAAAUCAAUUAUAAAAAC